CUCGCUCGAAGCCGGCUUCUUCGAACGCCCACAAUAUCGUCAUCGAAUCGAAUCCUCCCUUCCUCCGCGAGACUGCGAUUCCCCCUGCAAACCCGACUAUUACCAACUCAAACUACCAGGGUUGCCGGUCUUCAACCGGCUUUAUCCAUCCGUCAUUAUGCAAAUGGAAGACCCCAUCCUCCUGGAGGCACACACCGGAUGAACCUAGGAGGAGAGCCAGAGAAACCGGCGCUGGAGCAAUAUGGCGUUGAUCUUACUGCCAAAGCCAAGAACGGGAAGCUCGAUCCUGUCAUUGGGAGAGACUCUGAAAUACAUCGGACAAUCCAAAUCUUAUCGAGGCGCACGAAGAACAAUCCUGUCCUCAUCGGAGCCGCAGGUACCGGCAAGACUGCGGUCAUGGAUGGUCUGGCACAAAGAAUUGUUCAAGGAGAUGUACCGGAAAGCAUCAAAGACAAGCGCGUUGUUUCAUUGGAUCUUGGAUCUCUCAUCGCGGGUGCAAAGUUUCGAGGUGACUUCGAAGAACGUUUAAAAGCUGUUCUCAAGGAAGUUGAAGAUGCGCAAGGUGGCGUGAUCCUUUUCAUCGAUGAGCUUCACACCUUGCUUGGCCUGGGUAAGGCUGAGGGCAGCAUCGAUGCCAGCAACCUCCUGAAACCAGCGCUAGCGAGAGGCGAGCUGCAGUGCUGCGGCGCCACCACUUUGAACGAGUAUCGGAUGAUCGAAAAAGAUGUUGCCUUAGCACGGCGGUUCCAGCCUAUUCAAGUCGGCGAACCAUCUGUUGCUGCUACAAUUUCUAUUCUCCGUGGUAUCAAGAACAAAUAUGAAGUUCAUCACGGUGUGCGAAUCACCGACGGUGCCUUGGUCGCCGCUGCAACCUACAGCAACCGCUACAUUACAGACCGAUUUUUGCCCGACAAGGCCAUCGACUUGGUAGAUGAGGCAGCCUCGGCCCUAAGAUUACAACAGGAGUCGAAGCCCGAUGUAAUCAGAGAGUUGGACCGCGACAUCACGACUAUCCAGAUUGAACUCGAAUCUCUUCGCAAGGAAACAGACGUUAGCAGUCGCGAAAGACGCGAAAAGCUGCAGGAGGAAUUGAAAACCAAGCAAGAUGAAGCCUCGAAGCUGACUGAAGUCUGGGAAAAAGAAAAGUCGGAAAUCGAUGAGAUUAAACAAACAAAGGAAGAAUUGGAGCGCGCUCGGUUCGAACUUGAACAAGCACAGCGAGAAGGAAACUUUGCGAAAGCAGGAGAGCUAAGAUACUCCACACUCCCGGGCCUGGAAGCCAAACUCCCGAAGGAAGGUGAAGAAAAAGAGUCAGACGGGCGAUCCUCAUUGAUCCAUGACUCCGUCACCCCUGACGAUAUCGGAAAUGUCGUCUCACGAACCACCGGGAUACCCGUCAAUAAGCUCAUGGCCGGAGAUGUUGAAAAACUGGUCCGCAUGGAAGACACGCUCCGCCAAUCGGUUCGUGGACAGGAUGAGGCUCUCACUGCGGUUGCCAACGCAGUCCGAAUGCAGAGAGCAGGUCUUAGUGGACAAAACCGACCUCUGGCAUCUUUCAUGUUCCUUGGACCUACCGGUGUGGGCAAAACAGAACUCUGCAAGAAAAUGGCCGAAUUCCUGUUUUCUACUGAGUCUGCUGUGGUGAGAUUCGACAUGAGUGAAUUCCAAGAGAAGCACACAAUCAGUCGUUUGAUUGGAUCUCCUGCAGGUUACGUUGGAUACGACGAUGCUGGUCAACUCACUGAAGCCGUAAGGCGCAAACCAUAUGCAGUCUUGUUGUUCGAUGAGUUCGAGAAAUCCCAUCGUGAUAUCUCUGCCUUGCUACUGCAAGUCCUCGAUGAGGGUUUUCUCACGGAUGCUCAAGGACACAAAGUCGAUUUCAGAAACACUCUCAUUGUACUGACAUCCAACCUUGGGGCAGAAAUCCUUGUCGGUGCCGACCCCCUGCAUUCUUACAAGAAUCAUGGAGAUGAUGAACUUUCGCCUGAAAGUAAAUCGGCUGUCAUGGAUGUGGUGCAAGCUGCAUACCCGCCCGAAUUCCUUAACCGAAUCGACGAGUUCAUAAUAUUCAAGAGACUUUCCCGAGAAGCUCUUAGGGACAUCGUUGAUAUCAGACUCAAGGAACUUCAGUCGAGGCUUGAUGAUCGUCGUAUGAUCCUUCAAGUUGACAACGAGAUCAAGGAUUGGCUUUGUGAGAAGGGCUAUGAUCCCAGAUACGGCGCUCGUCCCCUUAACCGCUUGAUUUCCAAGGAAAUUGGGAACAGGCUGGCCGACAAGAUCAUUCGCGGUCAAGUUGUUUCUGGACAAAUUGCUCGUGUCUCAUUCAACGCCGACAAGACUGGGCUUGAUGUCACUGCACUUCCUGCAGAGGCAUAAAGAAGAGAAAAGGAAAAAGGAAAAAAGAAAAAUAAAUUUUUAGCGAAGACUCCUGGUUAUAUUCUGAUGUUAUGUGAAAUAUCCAGUUGUGUGCAUUUGGUAAGCUGGUUCUCCAUUCUGCGUGACACUCCCAAUUCUUGGUGUAAUAUAUAGCAUCUCUCUCCUCUGUAUCAUAAGUGUAUGAAUGAUUAUUUGACGAAAUAUUAAUGACAUUGUUCUAUAUCAAGG